AUGUCAUUUUAUUGUUUUGAAACGAGGCAGGACAGAACUCUUGCUCCAUAUCCACCCCCAGAGUGUAGUCAACAACUUGACCGGAUGUCUCCAUCAGAAAUUGUAGACCAUAUAAUCGCAACUAAUAUUGACCCAUCAACUCUUUUAAAAAUUGAAAACCAAAUCGCUGUACCGCUUCGUCAACUUAUUUCACCAAGAGAAAAUCGACGUAGAAGAUGUAUUCCAAGACCUCAAAAUAAUUUUGUAUUAUACAGAAGAAAUUUUCAUGCCGUUAUUACUAAAGAAAGAGGUCACGCUGUUGCUAAAAAUUUUAAACUUAUUUCAAAUGAAGCUGCUAAAAAUUGGUCGGAAGAAAGUAAUGAAGUUAAACAACUUUAUGAAUUAAUAGCUGAUUGUGCAAAAAAAGUUCAUGAUUGUACCUAUCCUCAAUACGUUUAUCAACCAAAACAUAAAUCUUCGAAGAAAGGAAAUAAUACUAUAUUCAGAGAAGUUACUAUGGACACUUGUAAGCAACGAUCUGAAAAAUCUAAAUCUGAUCGUAAUUCAAAAGCUGAAAAAUCUCAACCAUCAAAACCUGCUAAAUCUUCUUCAAAAUCUGCUGCCGCUUCUAUGACUUUAACUAUGACUACCAUAUCUUCUUUAUCUUUGGAUACAUCUACUUCAAAAUCUGAUUCAUCCAUUACAUCAUCUUUUAAAUCAUUACCUCAAUCUGAAAGAGAGACAUCAAUAAAAGAUUAUCCUCAACAACAUUUAAUUAAAGAAUGGCGUUGGGCUCAUUACGGUCAAACUGAUGCACGUUCUGUUCAUAAUGAUCAAUACAAGAUACCACCACCUCAAUCUCCUAAACCAAUGCAAGGUGUCGAAAAAAUUCCAUUAAUCACUACUCAUCUACCACAAUCUAAUGCUACUUCACUUCUUCCUCCUCCUCCUCUUGAUAUUCCUAUUUCUUCUAAUUUCACUGGUUAUGAUAAGAAUGUAUGGAGUUUAGUUAAUGGGUUAACCACUUUGUAA